AUGAGUGUUCUUCGCCAUCUACAUGCGAUGUUGUUGGUAUCUCAGCUGACUCACAUCAAAGGGGCGCAGCCAACAAUAAAUUGUCAAAACUUCAAGUUUGUUAUCGAUGAGGAUGUCGUCUAUAAUCACAUUCUUGAGGGUCACGUGUUUCAAAGAUUGACAGUCCACAGCGCCACUCAGUGUCACAUGAAGUGCAAAGAUGACUGCCUGUGUGUAUCCAUGAAUUAUUUCCCUCUGUCCAAAGAAAAUAACUGUGAGCUCAACAACGCUAACAAAGACAUGGAGCCAGCGGCGAUGAAAUGGAGUCAAGGAGGAAAUUAUUAUGAUUUAGUGAGAAGCUACACGGUGAAGGUGAGAGAUAGAAUCGUUAGUUGUUAAUAGAAUUGCCUUUUUUAUUAUUUUUUUUACUUACAUAUUUAUCACAACAUAGCGCACGUGCAAGGCCUACCUAUAUCUUAAGGAAGCUACUGUAAUAAGAAUCCAUGUUAUAUACCUAGACUUUUCCUCAACAAAACGAGACUGUGAUAGGUUAAUUCUUGGUCACGUGCCCCUGAUCAAAUUCAAAUGUAUUCCGACCGGGAUACAAUUGCGCAGUUGUUGCCCACGCGCCGAAUACAACAGCAUGUUUUUGCCAUAUGAUUGUUUAAGGGAAAGUCUAAAUAUAUAACAAAGUACUUAAUGUAUAUUUAGUGCACGUCCGUGCAUCCAUAACAUGAAGUGUGCAGUUUCACUUCGGCUAAAAGUUCCGUCUUGUUUAGCCGCGAGAAUUCAAUACUAUCACUGAAGAUUGUUUUUCCGUUUUAUCCCAACUGAGAUAGACCUUUGUAUCUCAAAAUGAAAACAAAAAAUGCUGAAUAAAACUCGUUUCGACAAAAACACAAUGAGCGUGUAGCUCUUCGAGCGACGUAAUUGAUUUCGGAGUUGACAACACUUUACUCACAAACGCGAUGAGAAUUAUGGCUGAAAACAGAACUAAGUCUUUUGACUUCAACUGAGGCUUUGCCACGCUGAGAACUCUUCAUUAGAACGGAAAAUAUUAUUUUAAAGCGUUGAUAUGUACCAAAGUUUUGUUCAAUCGAAGAUUUUGUUCUCGAAAUCGAACGAUUUUCAGAAUUUGUGGUUCAAAGCUAAGCAAUUUUCGGGUAGUAAGUUCAAGUAAACAGCGGCAUUUCAAGCAGCGUAAAUCUAUCACAGGUGUCUCGUAAAUGCGAGAAAUUUAUAGGCUAUUGCUUCGUUUUUUGAACUGUUGAUACCAGUUUUAAGUGUUGAUAUAUCCUAAAAUUAUUGUUCAUUAGCAGAUUUUUAUUUUAAAACCGUAUAAUUUCAGAAUUCUCAAAAUCUCCAACACAAAUAUACGCAAUUUUCUGGCCUUGAAUUCUAGUAAACAACGAUUCAAGCAUGUUGAAUCUACUACACGCCCUCGUGCAUGCAAGAAAUUCGUUCGUUUUUGCUUUGGAGCAGAAAAUUUACAAUUCUUUGAAUAAAGAUUUGGUCUCGAAAUAUUUCUUGGUCGUUUUUACCCUGUCAUUUAUUCAUAGUUUUCGGGUAGAACGCGAUUACCUGGUAAAUCGGACAAAGUUGUAAUAAACUCUUUUUUUUUCGAGCACAACUUGUGUCUGCAUGCUAUGUUAUAAUGAAAUUUGUUCACGCUUUAGCUGUGCGUGUAUUGAGUUUUUGAUGCACUUGUGAAGUGUGAAGAGCACUCAGGCAACUCUUACGCUUCUCUCGUGCUCUUAAAACUUAGUUCCCGCGUGCAUCCCUAACUUGAUAUACGCACGGUAAGACUAAUUCUUUUUUGUACGUCCCUCAACCCCCCAAAUUUAUUUCUUAACACCUGCAUCGAGGAAUAGUUUAAGGAAAAAAGGUUCAUUUUCAAUUAGGGUGGAGGAAGCUACAUUCCAGGGAUACAUCGCUGCGUUAAUAGAUGCUGCAGCCAGAAUCCCUGCCUCAACGGGGGAGUAUGUCAGGAGAUUUGUGACAAUCACAGCCCCAGGUUUAAUUGCACCUGUUCUUACAAAUACACUGGUAAGCGUUGUGGUCAGACUACACAUCCAAGAAACUGCAAAGACAUCGCUAACAACGGAGCCUCACAAUCAGGAAAAUACGAUAUUUUUGAUUCAGCCGAUAAACCGUUCUCUGUUUACUGUGACUUGCACUCAGAAUCUGGCUUUGUAUGGGCACUCAUACAGUCGUUCUCCAUUGCCAAUAAGGCCACAUAUAAGGAUAAGGGGUUUGGCACGGAUUUCCCUGUGAAUGACAAUAACAAUGAACCGGACUGGAACUCUUACCGCCUUUCCUUAUCACAUAUGCAGUCUCUCUCAAAUCACUCCACAUAUCUGAGAGUUACAUGCAACUUACCUGCAGAUGGCCUGCAGUAUACGGACUACGCACGCGCAGUUCUGGCAGGUCAUGACAUAUUCGGUGACUGGGGUGGAGAUUGCAAACUGUUUGAGUACAUUAACAUCCGUGGAAUUAACUGUUCUGAUUGCACCGCCUACACAAGAAUGGAUCUUAAUGGUGCUUGGUUCGUGAACAGUUUCAAAAGCAAGGAAAACGAAUGCGAUUUUGAUGGGUCACUAGGAGCAAUUGAUAACGAAAAUAAUUUUGGACGGUAUCGUUCUGGAGCGAUAAAUACGAAUCACCGCUGCUCCUCUUCGGAUCCUUCUACAACGCAAUACUGGUUUGGGGUUUAA